UCAGAGAACAACUCCCAUAUUCAGUCUUUUCUCUUUGUUAGCACAUUAACCAAUACGUAUCCGGCAGCAUGAGGAGCUGAUCAUAUGUAGUUGAGAGGUCUGCAACUCAAGGCUGGAGCAAGGCUGGGAUGGCCUCUAAACUAUUCGACAGACUUCGCCGUUCAAUAUUCAAAGAAGGAGAGCUAUCUUCCGAGACUGAUAGAACAGAUGACUUUCCAGAAAGUUCUGAACUGGAGGAUGAUACGGACUGUGUCUCGGCCAGGCUUGAUGGAACCCUGUGCUUUGAGGGUGAUGCGGUUCUGGAAUCUGAGGACGCAGGUGACACAUCAGGGCCGGACAGUGAUUCUGACCUUUUUGGAGAGUCGCUAGACAAUGCCUGUAGCAGCACAGAUAUAAGCCCGAUGGUUCCUUCCCCAAAAUGCUCAGAUAUGACCACCAGACAACUACAAGAAAACUGGCGAAGCUCAAGAACCCGUAACACUCCUGAAAAACUCAUUUUUGAAGUGACUGAUGCCAGUGUUGUCCAUGAGACAAAUUCCAAGUAUGUGCUCUACACGAUACGCGUCAUCCAUUCUGGCAUGUUCGACAAAACUCCUGCUGUCAUCACGCGGCGCUACACUGACUUUGAACGACUACACAGCCGCCUACGCCGCCGUCAUGGGGAUGAAAUGGAGGCCGUGUACUUCCCACGGAAGAAGCUGCGCAAAAACUUUGUCGCCGAGACCAUUGCCAAGCGCAGCCGAGCUUUUGAGCAAUACUUGUCCCACCUUCACUCUCUUUCUGAUCUGCGGACCACACCCACUUUUCUUGAAUUCUUCUACCUGUCCGAUCUUCAUGCUGGCCAGAUGCUGAUGCGAGUGGGCCGUUGCCAAGAGGCCCUGGGGUCCUUCCUCAAUGCUCUGAGACUCCAGGAGAAGUUGGGAUGCAAUCAGCUCCUGCAGCAGAAUCAUUUCCAGAGGGUUCAUUGGUUCUUCACACUCUCUGCAUUGGUCAGCUGCUUCCAGGACUUAGAACAACUUAGUGAGGCUCAGGAACAUUGCGACAGAGCCCUGCAGGAUCUGGCACCUUCACAGGAAGCCUUGCAGCAGCACCAGUUGCACCCACUUCUCAUCCCCCUCCUACAGUCCAACGUUAGGCUCUCAUGGAAGAUCUCAAAGGACAAGAGGCAUUGGGAAGCUCUUUAUCACGAGAUCCAGGAUCAGGGGAUUGAUAUAGGGAAUCAGCCCAGCUUGAAGGAAUGGCUAAUUAAAGAAAGCAUUGAGGACAGUGAAGGGAUGGUCAGGGUUAAGAGCAAAAGUGAAGAUGCCUUGUGAGCAGCUGGCUCUAGAACGUUCAUGAUUAUUUUUUUAAAUGUAACUUAAGAGUUAUGAAGGAUGUUUCUGAAAGCAAUGCAGUCAGUGCUAACAAAACCUGUGGAAUUAAUACUAACUCAUGUAAUGCACAAUUUGCCUAGAACAAGAUUUUAAGUAAGCACACAUUUCAUGGGCACAUUUCAAUAGCAUUUACUAUAGCCUUAUUAUUAUAUUUUGUAUCCUAUGAAAUGUUCAACUGGGAAUUUUGGUUUUGUUGUAACUUACAGAAUAUUUAAACCACUAAAUUCCUCAUUUCAGCUGUCAUGAAUUUCACAUUGAUGCAGCCCCAUUGCAUUUGUGCCUUACUGUACAAUUUACAUCAAUUGAGCAAUAGCACUAAAACCAGUACCACUAGCGUCGGCUACUCUAGAAAGCACACAUAGCUUUAAACCCUGUUGGGUAUAGAUGAAUAGAAUUAAUGGAAUUUACUUUGUAAAACAUUUACAAAAAUGAGGCUGUCUAUGUUGUUUACAUUCAACUGACUUUCAUUCAGACUUUAUAGAUAUGAAUCCUUCCUCACAGUAAAGGGAAUUCCCACUUUUGGUUUGUACAUUUGAAAAGAAAUGAACUGUCAGAUACUGCUACAACAGAAGCCUUAAUACAGUGACUGUUCAUGUUAUGUCUUUGUGAUGCUGGAGCAGAGCUAAACUGUUUUAAACCACUAACAUUUUGUUACUGAAUUCCUCAAAUAACCGUUGCAAAAGUUCCACAUCACAGCUAUUCACUUUAACAAUAUAAAUAACACUACACUUGCAGAUUGUUUAGGAAAAGUUUAGCGUAACAUAUCAAACAGAUAUCAUGUCAAACAGAUGCAUCUCAUGAAUUUUAAUAAUUGAGAAAACUACAUCAUUCCACCAAUAAUGUGUAGAUAUUAAUCUGAAAAAUAUUGUUUUUAACGUUAGAGCCCAAUCUUCUGUUAUAUUUUUACAAAUAAUUUUUUUCCCACCCUGAAAUCCUUGCACAUGAAAUUUAGAUACUUUUGUAAAAUUGUUACACAUAUUAAUGUUUUUUUCUUACUUUACACAUUUUGCUGUAUUUUUCCCCUGUUUAUUUAUUCUUGUUGGAUAGAGUUCAGUCAUAGCACAAAAGCCAUUUACCAAGUUUUAUAAAAAUGUUUUUCAAGGUGUGUUUUUUACAUUUAAACACUUAAAACAUUACAUUUAAUAAAUGCUUCCAGAUUUUUACAAUUUUGUUUUUAAAAUGCUUAGAUGCACGGUAGAUUAUUUAACAUUUUAAAAUAAGAAAUUCUUGCAUUAAAUUCACAAUAGGUCAAUAUACAAUUUUUUUGCUAUCAGAUAUAUUAUUUUUGCACUGCAUUUUGCUGAUGGGAAAAUUAUUUUUUCCCAUCAGCAAAAUUUGUGUAACUGUAUAUUGACCGGGCAAAUUAUCUGAAAAGAGAGAGCAAUGUAUUUGAUAUUGUCCUUUAAUUACAACAUGUAGAUAUAUAAUUGUUUUAAAAGUGAAACAAUAGAAAUAAAUGCAUUACAUUAUUGUUGCAGAUGAAUAAAGCAUUGAUAAGACAAUACAAAAAGUGGCUUCAAAAGGCAAUAUAUAGUUUAUUUCCAUUUUAUUGAACAUGCUGUAAACCUGUCAUUGGCCUACAGUGCAU